AUGACCUGCUCGCCCCGCUCGUCCGCUCCCUCAGCCUCCAUAGUCGUUGCUUGCGUCGAGGCCGACAAGCAGCGUCCCAGGAUGCGUCGCCUCGCUGCAAGUCGUGGCUGGCACCGUGAAGCAGCCUACACUGUUGGUGGCGGCGGCGAGGAAGAUGAGGACAACAACAAAAAGGGUGCCGCCGGGGUCUCGUCGAGCACUGAUACUGUCGUCGUCCAUGUUGCCCGCACCCUUUUUACUACCGACAUGGCUGCCGAGGCUUCAGCCCUCCGCGCCGAGUCGGCCGAACGCCUCGCCGAGAGCCAAUCCGCGGUCGCGGCCGUGAAGUCCACCGCAACGACGCGACCCCUCGCGUCCCGCGAGCUCGACGCGGCCGCCGCCGCGCGAUCCCGAGCAGCCUCGACCACCACCAUGACAACCCCCGCCGACUGA